GGGGCGCCUGGAAACAGCCAGGGUUUUGUGUCGGCGGAGGGAAUAAACCUUUAAGGAGAGUUGGCGGCUCCGGCUCCGCCUCUCCUCCUCCUCCUCCUGAGAGGCCUCGGAUCAAUGGCGGCGCCGGCUGCGGCUGCCGAGGCCCGGCCCGGCGCCGGGGAGCUGCCCAGCAUCUUCGCACCCGAGCAGGACGGCGAGCUGGACGAGGAUGUCAACGGGGAGCUGGAGCCCGACCUGGCGUCCAAGUUUGCGUUGGUGAGCCCAAGUUCGGAGCAGUACGACUGCUUGCUGAAGCAGCUGAGAGAGCGAAUGGAUGAGGGUUGUGGGGAAACUAUCUAUGUGAUCGGCCAAGGCUCAGAUGGCAAGAAAUACGGACUGAACGAUGACGACAUAGAGGCAUCUGUGGCGACCGUCAAGAGUCUGUCGGAGCAGAUCUACUCUGACCUGAUCCUUCUCCGUGAGCGGCAGGAGGCAGGCGGGAAGGUGGCCGACUACUUGGUUCGCAAACGAGUUGGGGAGAAUGACUUUCUGGAGGUCAGGGUAGCAGUGGUUGGGAAUGUGGACGCUGGGAAGAGCACACUGUUGGGCGUCCUGACGCACGGCGAGCUCGACAACGGGCGGGGAUUUGCACGGCAGAAGCUUUUCCGGCACAAGCACGAGGUGGAAUCUGGGCGGACAAGCAGCGUCGGCAAUGACAUUCUGGGCUUUGACAGUACUGGCGAUGUGGUGAACAAGCCCGACAACCACGGAGGGGGGCUGGACUGGACAAAGAUCUGUGAGAAAUCCACCAAAGUCAUCACCUUCAUUGAUCUCGCCGGACAUGAAAAGUACCUGAAGACGACUGUGUUUGGAAUGACUGGGCACUUGCCGGACUUCUGCAUGCUGAUGGUUGGCAGCAAUGCCGGAAUAGUGGGGAUGACGAAAGAGCAUCUGGGGCUGGCACUGGCCCUCAACGUUCCUGUCUUUGUUGUGGUGACCAAGAUCGACAUGUGCCCAUCCAACAUCUUGCAGGAAACACUGAAGUUGCUGCAGCGGCUGCUGAAGUCUCCAGGCUGCAGGAAGAUCCCCGUCCUGGUUCAGAAUAAGGACGACGUGAUAGUAACGGCAUCAAACUUCAGCUCCGAGAGGAUGUGCCCGAUUUUCCAGAUCUCCAAUGUGACUGGAGAGAACCUGGAGCUCCUGAAGAUGUUCCUGAAUCUGUUGUCGCCACGGACUAGCUUCAAAGAGGACGAACCAGCAGAGUUUCAAAUUGAUGACACCUACUCUGUCCCUGGUGUUGGAACAGUGGUAUCUGGAACAACACUACGAGGUCUGAUUCGAUUGAAUGACAUUUUGCUGCUAGGACCCGACCCACUGGGGAACUUCAUCCCCAUCGCAGUGAAGUCCAUCCACAGAAAACGGAUGCCGGUCCGUGAGGUGCGAGGUGGCCAGACGGCGUCCUUUGCUCUGAAGAAGAUUAAGCGGUCGUCCAUCAGGAAGGGCAUGGUGAUGGUGUCUCCGAAGCUGAAUCCUCAGGCUUCCUGGGAAUUCGAGGGAGAAAUCCUGGUGCUGCACCACCCAACAACCAUCAGUCCCCGCUACCAGGCCAUGGUGCACUGCGGCAGCAUUCGCCAGACUGCCACCAUCCUGUCCAUGAGCAAGGACUGCCUGCGUACGGGUGACAAGGCCAACGUCCACUUCCGCUUCAUCAAGACUCCCGAGUAUCUGCACGCCGACCAGCGCCUGGUUUUCCGAGAGGGCCGGACCAAAGCUGUGGGGACCAUAACCAAGCUAAUACAGACAACAAACACGUCGCCCUCCAACACCAAACCACUGCAGCUGAAGAUGCAGUCAACAAAGAAGGGCACCUCGGUGAAGAAGGAGGAGAUGCCGAUGGCAGCAGGCUCCACCCUUGAGGACGGUCUGUCUCCGGGGCAGGCGGCAGCCCUGCACACACUCAACCAACCUCAGAUGCCUUCAGAGGAGAAUAAACAUAACCGGGAUGUUAAUAAGGAAAACAAGCCCAAGACGAGUGGAGGCAGAAGGCGAGGAGGACAAAGGCACAAGGUGAAAUCCCAGGGAGCUGCGGUGACUCCAGCCAGUGGCUGCUAGAUCUGUCACAAAGUGACUGCAGAGCAAGGAGAGACCGACCGUUCUCCUACCAUCUCAAUCACUGCUUCCCUUGCCCGUUUCCCCUCUCCGACCCGGGAGGGAAAACCCAAACCACAGCCCUCUUAUAGAAAGAUUAUGGAAGUAUCCAUAACCAAUUAGGAAGUGACAUUGUUUCCUUUUUUUUUUAAAAAGAGAUGUUUUUGGAAUGGAUUUUAACAUUUUUUAAACCAUUUGCUGAUGUCAGUGUCAACUUUGUCUCUCUUGAACUUUGUGCAUGUGUGUCGCUUUUUUGAUAUAAAUAUGUUUAAUCACACAUUUGUCGAUUGAACUUGAAGUAUGCAAGGGAAAUGCAUCGAUUGUUUUAAUUCUAGAAUUAAUUUUUAACUUGUACUGACCACCUUUGUUUUAAUUAGACCCUACAGUUCAUUCAAUCUUUUGGCUGUGACUGAAUUAUUUAUUAAAGAUGCUGUGUCCGUUUUAUUCUAUUUUCAAGGAGGUUGCAGUGACCUUGAUAGAUCUCUGUAAUUGAUCCUGUUUUGUAGUUUUAUUUAAAAAGAAAACUGCUAUAUAGAAAGGGGUAUGAAACUAUUGUUGAACCAAAUUGCCAAGACUAGUUAUUUGAGAUGGUGUAGCCCAGAUCAUGGGUACAACAGAAUUUUAAAUGCACAAGAAACUGCAGAUAGAAGGUAGACAAAAUUGCUGGAGAAACUCAGCGGGUGCGGCAGCAUCUGUGGAGCGAAGGAAAUGGGCAAAGUCUCGGCCCGAAACGUUGCCUGUCCUUCGCUCCAUAGAUGCUGCCGCACCCACUGAGUUUCUCCAGCAAUUUUGUCUACCUUAGCAUUUAAAUGCAUCUUGGUCCUCUCUAACCUUUCCUCUAUAACAUAAAUGAUCUGUGACAAAAGAGGAAACCGGUUUUUAGAGAGGAUGUAUUAUAACCAGCCUACUUAAUUUUUGAUCAGAAACCCAAGCUGUGGUUGGGUGUAAGCAUGCUCGGUGGGCCUAUGGGCGCUGCCCUGUAACUUAAGUGACUUUUGACGUGGUGAACAAACGUAACAACUGUGUUUGAUUGGCUUUGGUCAAUAGGGUUAGUGGCCUGAGGUUUCUAUUGAAUAGGCCCCAGUCUUUCAGAUGUAGAACUGCAUAUACUGGUUUAUACCAAAGAUGGGCACAAAGUGCUGGAGUAACUCAGCCACUCAGGCGACAUCUCUGGAGAAAAAGGAUAGGUGACCUUUCGGGACAGGACUCUUGUUCAGUCAAGCGCCCCGACUCGAAACGUUACCCAUCCUUUCCAGAGAUGCUGCCUGACUCGCUGAGUUACUCUAGCACUCUGUGUCUAUCCUGGGCCUUUGAGAUGACUGAUUUACCUUCUACCGUUCCAGUCUGCACAAGACUGAUUUGUUUGAAAUUUGAAGAAGACUUUGAAGAAAAGUGGAGCUGAUUAAGUUGGAGGUUUUGCUGUUAUGCCUGGUGGAGGGAGGGAGGUGUGGAAACUUGUGAAACCCUGCCAACAAUGGUCCACUUGCCAGCCUGUCUGUUACUUGAGCUGUGGCGGCAGUGGUGGAGCCUUUUAUUUUAAACCUCCCUGAUAAUUGGUACUCCAUUCACAAACAUUUGUGGGAGCUGUGUUGGUGGGAACAGACCUUUGAGGGAUUAGAAUGUGUAGAUGUUCACAUUAUAUACUGAGUACCACGACAGGUGUUUAUGUCCGAAAUGCUGACACAAUCCAAGUGCUUUAUUUUGCCCAAGACCUUUUUUGGUCCCAAAUAUUAAAUUUCCUAAUUGCUGGUGCACGGGAUGUGACUUGGCUGGGAAUGGCACUCGGUCUUGAACAGGAUCCUAUUCUCGUGCCUCAUUGUUACGACUAUUCCACAAACACUGGAGGUCAGUCAUGCACUUGGCAAACCAACAACAAGGUGUAUAAAUUAUGUCUUGGGAAUGUUUUAUAAACUAUGCUUGUGCCUGGUGCUAAUGUUGGGCAAAUUUAAUGUCCAAGAGACCAAUGCAGUGUAUUUAAUGGAUCACAGUUCAAUAGUGCUGGAGGCUUUUGAGUUGGUUGGAACUGAUGGGCUCCCUAUAUUUUGGUAUCUCUCAGAAACUGCCAACCCCUCAAUCACCUCCACUAAUGUUCAAGUCUAGAGGCAUAUUGAAAGAUCAUCACCAGAGGGCUUCAGUCCUCUCUGUCCAAGGACGUGGACAUUGUGCUGUAUUCAUUAAUAAAAUGGUUCCAUUUCAUUGA